CAGGCUUCCACAAUGGAUAAUAAAAGGAGUUGAAUUUGCCGUUCGCUUUACUGCUCUGUUUGGUCACAUAUGGGCUGCCACAAACCAGUAUGGAACCAUCUCAGUAGUGGGACCAGCUUUUUUAAACAGGGAGGUAACACUUAAAGCGACACCGCUCUACCCUUGGGGAUGUGAUGUAAUAUGGAGGUACAUUAUGGACGGGACCACACACUUUCAAACUACGCAUCGUCGUGCAUUUACUACAAGAUAUUUGAAAGAUGGGUCAUUCUUUUUAAAUUGGACGGCUACAAUUCAAUACAACAGAUCUAGAUUCUACGCCAGUUGUGCAAGAAACCAAACGAUUAAAACAGGCAUGGUAUCUUUGAAUUUAACAGAAAUCGUUGGAAAAUGCGGUGCUCUCGUGCUUCUAAACCAGGUUACUCGCGGUGCGGAAAUUAAACUAGGAUACUUUCCAUCCACCUUUUCUUUAGUGCAUGAAACAUACACAAUACAAACAUGGACAAAAACCAAUCAAGAUAUUCAUCUACGAGAAGGUUAUUACGAAGAGGAAAACGUUUCUGAAUACUUGUACAUAUUAACUAUAUUUAACUUCGAUAAAAGUGAUGAGGGAACGUAUAGAUUAACUUGCAAUGUUGCUGGUUAUACGAACUCAGUGCAACUCCAAAUUCUAGGUAGUCGAUCCCAGGAAAAUAACAUUCAGACGUUGUCUUCAUUGCUAAGAUUUCCUGUCAACAAUCUACUUAUUGGAACGGGUAUUUUCUGUGGAAUCUGCAUUCUGGUUGUAAUCGGAGGAUGUUUACGUCUUCAACGGCGAAAGGUCAACACAGUCAAUACAAUAGAGAUCAUUGAACAUCACAGUGGCGCCUUGUCAGAAAACGACUUGCCACACAUAACAACGCAAGGAGUCCAGUACGCAGUAGUGCAGAGGCCGGCAGUCAUAUAGAGGACUGUAACGCAGCAACCACAUGAAGACAACAGCCUAACGUACGCCGAGUUGGACAUCAAGUUCUUAGAGGAAGCUAACGCCAGAGUUCCAGCAAGGAGGAACAACACGCCGACAGAAUAUCGAUAUUGAUUUCUGCUCACCACCGGGACCCACUUUAGGAGAUUCUGUGUACCACACUGAAUCCGACUACAGCUAGAUGAAAUACAGAAAUAUCGAACCAGAUAUUGAUCGCCAUUGGAUUGUUUAUCUUUUGCGAUCCCUACGGUUAUGUUUGAUGUGUUUUUGGCAUGCCUAUCGUCGACAAAUGUAGUGUUAUC